CUUUCUCUCUUUGCUUUCUAACAUGGAUAAUAAGAUUAUGCAGGCUCUUUCUUCAGAAAAUAAACGAGCUAUAACCGUAAUUGGCUUUGCCAUAGGGCUUUUAUACACAUCCUACACAUUAGUCGAACUAUCCAAUAAGAAGAAAAGAAUAAGAUCAUCAAGAGAAAUCCCGGUCCCAAAAUCUGGUUAUCCUGUUGUUGGCCAUAUGUUUUCCUUGGGUGAUCUUCCGUCAACAACUGUACAUGCUUGGCAUCAGGAACUUGGUCCCAUUAUUCAGCUCAAUAUGGGUGUCCAGACUUGGAUCAUGGUAGCCGAUCCCGUAUUGGCUCAUAAAAUUAUGGUUGUCAAUGGUACUAAAUCGUCUUUUAGACCAUAUUCUCAUUUUUCGUAUUAUAUUCAUGGAAAAGAAGGAAAAGGUAUCGGGUUUGCUCAACCUAAUGAGGUGCUUAAAAGAACAAGAUCUGAAGUUCAAGCUGUUUUGGCACCCAAGCAAAUUGAGACCUAUAUGGAUAAUAUCAACAGGGAGUCCCAUGAGUUAAUUGAUCAGUUGCUGAAGGAGACAACAAAAGAAGGCGGUGUUUACCCAUUUGAACUACUAAAAUGGUUUACCAUGAAUACCAUUAUGUUGGUUUGCUUUGGUAAACGAUUUGAAACUGCUGAGCAUCCUGAAUUCCAAACCUUUUCGGAGAUUGUGGAAAAUUCAAUCAAGAACCUGGCUACGGAGAGUGAUUUAGCAAACUUCUUACCUUCUUUGUCCUUCUUGGAUUACUUUAGUGGUACAAGAUCAAAAUACACAAAAUACUUUGAAACUAUCCGCGAUCCUCUUUAUCUCAAGACCGUUCAUGAGGCUAUUCAUGCCAAUGUGCCAAACUUGAUCAAGUCGAUCAAAGAAAACGGUGCCAAUUGGACAGAUGACGAGUACAUAGCAUUUUUGUCGGAUGUACUUGUUGCAGGAACGGAUACAGUGGCUGUCAGCUUAUUAUGGAACAUGAACCUCAUGUGUCACUAUCCAGACUGUCAGAAAACUGCAUCAGAUGAAGUGGAUAAUUUCAUACGUAAUCAUGGCAGACUUCCCCGUUUUAGUGAAAGAACCGAACUACCGUAUAUUAUUUCUGUGAUGAAGGAGUGUUUACGAUUUAAACCAACUACACAAUUUGGAUUACCACAUGCUGUUGUUGAAGACCUUGAGGUAGAUGGUUACGUUAUUCCUAAGGGUGCCUCUAUACGAGGAAGCAUGCACAGUCUCCACAGAUCUUCAAAAUAUGAUAAUCCCAAUUUAUUCUUUCCCGAACGCUACAUGAACGAUCUUAAAACAAUGCAUUCGCUUCAAAAUAGUGGGCCCGAAGAGCGGGAUCAAUUUAACUUUGGAUGGGGAAGACGCAGUUGCCCUGGUUCUUAUUUAGCUGAAGCAGAAAUGUUUUCUGCCUUCGUUCGAAUUCUUGCUGGAUGUACCGUAGAGCCUCCAUCUGAGGGAAUGCCUGGUGUGGAUGAAGCAGCAAAUGCUGGUCUUCAUUUCUUACCGGUUCCCUGUAAACUUCGAUUUAUCAAACGCAAAAAUUCCCCUCUGUAUGUAAUAUAGGCUUUGCUUAAAUUAGCGACAUAUCAACCAUAUUGUUUUGUAUUUCUCUCUUUUUUUUCUUUGUUUUGAUGAGGA